AUAUUACAAUAUCAAUACUAAAAACCUAGUUUGUCUCAUUUAUUUUACUUGAUUCUGGUUAAAAAUGGACAUCAUAAAUUCAUUAAUAUGAUCCUAAACAUGAUGUCAGGAGUCUGCAGUAAAGACACGCAGUUACUUCAGUUAAUUGGGAUGAACUAACCCUGUGCUUGCCCUUGCUAUGAUGGUGCUUUUUCACAAUGGAUUGUCUCGUUAGACCAGACAUUAACGUGGGUGAGUCAGAAUUAUGGAUUCAUUCAGAUCCGCUUAUAUAUUCAUAGAAGGUUUUUGUUUUAUCCAUAUUCCCUAAGGCGUGUCAGCGUAAAUCUUUUCUUGAAGGACCACCUGAUAGCCUGGUGUGGUUUCACACCUACCAAGGUGCUGCCACCUCGGUCUUUUACGCUUGUCUUCACAGCUUAAAUAAGGAUGAAAAACAUCUCUCAUUUUUGUAUUGUUUAAUUAAGCUCCUGUUGUGUUGAUACUUGCCCUAUAUUGCAGUAAUAACCAAUAUAUUUAAGUACAUCAUUGUUAUGUAGUUGUCUACACUGAUAAGAUAAAUAUAGACAGGGCUAUCACUUAUCAAAACCUCUGUUAUUGUAUAUAUACUCACCAAGUAAUAUAUCUGAAUAGACUAAGAGAAAAAGAGGAUAUAUUUGCACAAGCCAUCCUCUCAUUGAUUCACAAAACUCAAGGCUAGUUUUUUUUAUUUGAUAUGCCUGUGAGUGGAAAUAAAGUAAUUUCUAAAUACGUAUCUAUCUUCUCUCAUACACUACAUCACCUAUGAUCCCUGAGAUCAACCUGAUACAACACCUUUGGAUUAAAUGACAGGGGAGACUGUGAGCCAGGCCUUCUUGUCCAACAUGAAUGUUCUCCUGGAAAGAUGUUCAGAUCUUCCCAUAAAUACACUCCGAAGCCUUGUGGGAUGCCUUCCCAGAGCAGCUGCAAAGGAUUGUAUAUUUAAGAGAUGGGUUCGGAGAACUCAGACCACUUUGGACCAGCGGUUGUCCUUGUCGACGAAGAUGAGCAAGAAGUAGGUGGCCUGAUCAACUCCGACGGGGAGGAAAUGGAGUUCUCCGAAACCAGAGUAAAAGCCAUCUCAGGCACUGUACCUGCAGAGGCUCCCUCCAACAAACCGGUUCAGAGUGAGAAUGAAAAACUACCUUCCCUCCACAGCUGCUCGGUGUGUGGGAAAGACUUCCCCUAUGCCUCUAAGCUUCAGCGGCAUCUGCGUACUCACUCAGGAGAGAGGCCUUUCCCCUGCUCUAUGUGUGAAAAGAGAUUUCCAGAGAAGGGGCUUCUCAUGAUUCACCAAAGGGUCCACACCGGCGAAAAGCCGUACCCGUGUACUUUCUGCGAGAAGAAGUUCGCCAGUCAGGGGGAGCUGCGUCUACACCGGCGGACUCACACGGGCGAGAGGCCCUAUCAUUGCUCCAUCUGUCUGAAGAACUUCUCUCGGCACUGGCACUUGAAAACGCACCUGGAGGCGAUGCACUGCGAGGUUGUUGCAGGCUUCACAAGGAAGAAGUUUCCCUGUUCAGACUGUGAGAAAAGCUGUAACUCGGCAGCCGAGCUGAGGGACCAUCAGAGAACUCACACCGGCGAGAGGCCCUUCAAAUGCUCAUUCUGCGACAAACGAUUCGCCUUGUCAGGAACACUUGUGAGACACGAGCGCCUCCAUACUGGUAUUACCCCCUACCACUGCUCCGACUGUGGCAAGACCUUCGCCCAGCAGUGGACGCUCACUACGCACAUGAGGACUCACACAGGGGAAAAGCCGUACAGCUGCACUCAGUGUGAUAAAUCAUUUGUUGCUCCUGGGGAGCUUCGGAGACACACCCGGAUCCACACUGGAGAAAAGCCGUACACCUGCAGCGACUGCGGACGACAUUUCUCGUUGGCAGGAACUCUGAGAAAUCACAGGCGGUCGUGUACGCACAGCAAGAGCGACUCUGUUACUGAUGUCACCGCAGAUGUGACACAAGCUUCAGCAGAUGAAUCUUCCCAGGAGGGCCAGGCCAGCUGCAUCAGCUGUGAGGUGCCUGAAAGCCAGACCCCUCCAAAUGCAGCUGAGCCGCUUUCCUCACAGCCUCCUAACUGUGUCACAUCACCUCAGCUAGAAGUUACUCCGAGGGAUAGAGAAGAGCCUUCAGGGGACCACAUUUCAACUCCCCACAUGAAUGUAAUAGUGAAAGAAGAAGAAGAAGAGGAACCCUUAUACGAGGAAACUCCAGACCAGGCAUCGGAUGGGGAGAGCUAUGAGACUCCAGAGGAAAAUGAAGAGCGUAUUCAGCAAAGCAACACAGAGAUUAGGAUUACAGUAAAGGAAGAAAAGGAGAGGCCAGUAGGCGAAAAUCCUGAUACUGAUGAAGACAGUGAAAAACACGGGCUUCAAACAUCACCUGCAGAAAAACAGAGUAGAAACAAUUCAAAGAAGAGUUCCUACUGCUGUGGGCUCUGUGGAAGAGACUGCCACAAGAUGUCAGCGCUUCAGAUCCACAUGCGAAUUCACUCAGGUGAAAAACCCUACCAAUGCUCCCUCUGUGGGAAACAGUUUACUCAGAAAGGCCAACUAAAAGGUCACUUUAAAGUCCACACAGGUGAAAAGCCAUAUUCCUGUCCAGACUGCGGCAAGAGCUUCGCCCACUCGGGUGCCAUGAACAGACACAGGCUCACCCACACAGGCGAGAAGCCUUACCACUGCUCCGUGUGCGACCGGAGCUUCAAUCAGUCCGGCCGAUUGAGGGAACACGAAAAAAUUCAUUUGGGGGAGAAGUUCGACUGCCCUGAGUGUGACAAGAGUUUCACACGUGCUUCAAGCCUCAAAAAUCAUGUCAGGCUCCACACCGGUGAGAGGCCGUACAGCUGCGACAUCUGCGGGAGAGGCUUUAGUCGCUCACAGAGCCUCAGGCUCCACAGGAGGAAACACUUUGAGACAGAGAAAGCGUCUCCAACCACUCUGACGAAUGAAGACUUCUACGAGAGUGACAAUAACUCCCCGAUUAAUAUGUGCAUAAUAGAGAAAAAUGACUGAUCUAUUUAUUUAACCAGAUAUGUAUUAGUAGUGUUAGUAGAAGAUUAAAGGUCUGUAAAAUAAACGGAGAAAGUGGAAAGUA